CAUCCCUCCUCCCUCCUGGGCCAGCCCGCCAGACCUGGGGGUCUGGGCGGCAACAAGUUAUUAUCAUCAUCGCAAACAUGGAUCAAGGAAACAGAGGCUGCCGGGAGGCCCGGGGUCCAUGAACUACUGUACGAGGCUGUCGGACACUGAGUCGCCAUGGGGACGGCUGCCCUGGGCCUCCUCUGGGCAGCGCUCCUGCUCCUUCUCUCAGUGUCUGGACUCCCCACCGAGGAGCCCACUUCUGGGGAAGCUGUGGCCUCUAGUUCCCCUGGGAACUGUCGACGGUGCUGUGACUCUGAAGACCCCACGGUCCUUGCUGAUGCUGCGCAUGUGUCCUCAGCCUCUCCGUCUGCCCUCCCAUAUGUGCUGCCUGAGGUCAGGCCCUACAUUAACAUCACCAUCCUGAAGGGUGACAAAGGGGACCGAGGCCUGCUGGGCUCACCUGGGAAGCUGGGCAGGGAGGGUCCCCGGGGGGACCGUGGCCCCCAGGGCAUCAAAGGUGCCAAGGGGCAAGCGGGCAGCCCUGGCAGUCCAUGCCAGAGGCGCUUCUCGGCCUUCUCCGUGGGCCGCAAGACAGCCCUGCACAGCAGCGAGGGUUUCCAGCCGCUGCUCUUCGACACGGUCUUCGUGAACCCCGACGGGCACUUCGACCUGGCUGCCGGCCAUUUCGUUGCCCCCCUGCGCGGCCUCUACUUCUUCAGCCUUAAUGUGCACAGCUGGAACUUCAAGGAGACCUACGUGCACGUGGUGCACAAUGACAAGGCAGCCGUCAUCCUGUACGCGCAGCCCAGCGACCGCAGCAUCAUGCAGAGCCAGAGCGUGAUGUUGGCCCUGGCCCCAGGCGACCGCGUCUGGGCAAGGCUCUUCAAGCGUGAGCGUGAGAAUGCCGUCUACAGCGACGACAUAGACACCUACAUUACCUUCAGCGGCCACCUCAUCAAGCCCGAGGACGAUUAGUGCCUCCCCUGGGGCAGCUCUGCCCUGGGGUGGCUGUGGGCAGGUCUGUCUCCUGUGGGGGCCCCAGUUUGCCCAUCUGUAAAAUGGGCCCCUGACCUGGCAUUCUGGGCAGCCUUCCUCCUCCUUUUUUCCCCUCCAUCACCCCUCCUAGUCUGUUCCUGCCUCUCUCCUCUUGAACAUUUUAAGAAAUCUCCUAACUCUACAUCUUCUAGAACUUUCCCAACCUUGUAGACCCGCCAUUUUCAAACUUGAAUGUGAUACAAAUCACUGGGGCAUUGUGCUGAAAUGCAGAGUCUGAUUCAGCAGGUGUGGAGUGGGCCCAGGAUUCAGCAUUUCUAGUACAUUCCUGAGUGAUGCCGGUGCUGCUGAUCUCUGGGACCCCACUUGAGUAACCAGGUCCUACAGCUUUCACAACAUUUUGGUACUUUCCAAACAUUUUGAAAUCUUCCAAACAUUCUGGAAUCUUCCCAACAUCCUUAAAUUUCAUCCUUCUAGGAUACUUCCUCCUCUUGUCUCUUGCAACCUCUUCCUUCUCUCUGAACUCCUGUCUGCCCCCCACAUGCACACCCAUAGUGCGUUUAUUCAGUCGCUGAACAUUCACUGAGCACCCUCUCUGUGCCCGGCUCUGGGAAGGCUGAGGCGAAGCAGACACAGGCCCUGCUUUCGGUAAGCACCCAGUCCAGCCGGGGAGGGGAGACACAGAGGAUCCUGAAAACAGCCCCAGAGAACUUCUUGGGGCUCUGGUCAUGUACAUCUGUGUUCUGGGUGUUCAGGCACUGUGGCCCUUCAUUACCCACCACUCCCCAAGGCUGACAGGUUAGGAUACCAAGGUGAAAUGGGUACCCUCUGCCUGUCGUUUCUUUUCUGCCCCAUGCCCAUCUUUAAAACAAAGCUUGGUCAGGGACAGGUGCUAUCAGGAGAGGACUCAGGGGUUUGGAGGCAUUUUGGGGUAAGGCAUCCCCUGAAGAAGGAAGCCCAGACAAGCUGCCUGCAGAGCUGGGAGGGCUCCUACCCGCCCCCACCAGGGCGUGCCCUCCCUGCCCUGCUCCCUGGUGCUGUCAGGGCCGUGCACAGCCCUCUCUGCCAACGCUGCUUGGGCCUCCGUCCUCCCAGGCUCCCAGCCACUGUUAGACACUGAUGUCUGUCUCCAGGUGCUCUGACCUCCUUGGCGCCCCUCACCAGCCCAUGCCCCUGGCCCUUCACACUCUGUUAAGGUGCUGAGGCCCUGCUGCCCAGCAGAGCUGCCUCUGGCUGCUGCUGCAGUUACAAAUGCCACUCCCGGCAAUGAGCCAGGAAGGAGGUCACUGGGCUUUGAACCCCUCAGCAGGUCUGGGGAACUGAAGCCAGUCAUGUUCCAGGUCAGUCCGGGGACGCUCCUCUGAGCCAUGAUGCUGAGGGAGGCACUGGGAGAGGCUGAGGCCAAUCGAGGGACAUCAGGACUUCUGUCCUUUCCCUCCUCCCAGGGUGGGUCAGCCUGGAGGCCCCCAGCCUUCCCCUUCCCCAGCCCCAGGUGGCCAGACUCUCUUCCUGGAGGGAGACCCAUUGGUGCUUGUGCGGACUUGGGGGCAGAGGUGACCCCGGUGCUGGUUUCUGGUGCUUACUCCUAGCAAAGGGAGCCAUGGCCACAUGGCUGGGGCGUGGCAGCAGGGCCUGACCCGGUGCCGUGAAGGCCAGUCCCGUGCAGCAGCCCCAACCUCCCCAACCUGACUUCACCCCUGCCCUGCUUGACCAGUGUGAUUAAAGGUUUUAUGUUUUCUUGGCAACUCA